GCACAAAAAAACUCCAGCACACCCCACAAUAGGUGUCAAACGGAAGUUCCGGCUUCUCAGCGGAAACAGCAUUUUUUCUGAGCCGCGGCCUCGUGUUGAAGCAAUUAUUUGACGAGAGCUUCUUCGUCUUCGGCUACUGAUAAGUAGACCUUGUCAACAGAUUGAAAUGGCGCUAUCCAAACACGCCAUUCCUUCAUUGUCCGAAUACCAGUGCCAGAUAUGUCUGGAAAUUCUAAUAGAACCUGUGACUCUGCCUUGUAACCACACGCUGUGUAAGCCGUGCUUCCUGUUGACCCUGGAAAACGCGAAUUUAUGCUGUCCUUUCUGUCGCCUCCGGGUAUCUUCAUGGACUCGGUACCAUACUCGAAGAAAUUCUCUUGUCAAUAUGGAACUGUGGGAGAUGAUUCAAAAACACUACCCAAAGGAAUGCCAGCUGAGAAUUUCUGGGCAAGAAUCAGAGAAAGAAGUUGAAGACUACCAACCAGUUCGCGUGUUAAGUACUCCCGGGGAACUGAGAAAAGAAUAUGAAGAGGAAAUGAGCAAGAUGGAGGCAGAGCGCCGGGCCCGGGAAGAAGAGGAAUGCAAAGCUAGUGAAGAAUACAUACAGAAAUUGUUGGCAGAGGAGGAGGAGCUAGAGAAAAAGACAAGACGGAGGCGAAGUAACCUGGACUUGAAAGAGCAGGAACAGGCAAGAAACCUAAGCGCCAACAGUUCCUCUGACGGAAGUAUCUUGGCUUCUCCUCUGAAUUCUGCAGAAUCUGAACCAGUUGCAACAAAGUCACAAAAGAAAAGAAAGAACAAACAAAGACAUAUUGAAGACAGGUAUUUGUCACCUCUGCAUCAAUUUGAGCCAGCAUCACAGUCUGAGGUUGUAGGAGAAGUCCGAAAAAACUACGUAUCCAAGAACAUGGACAGUGAUGGUAAAAGCCCAAUGCAGCAAGAAAUUGAAGAAAACAUGCCAACAGUUUCUUCACGAAUAGGCCUUGAAAUUAAAAAGCAAGGUGCAAAGUCUUCCAUGGAGACACCUGUGCCACAGUUGUAUGUCUCUGGUAUGGAAAAGCACCUUGAAGGUAAAGCCCAAACCAGCCCAAGCUGCUGUCAUAAAGAGUUGUUUGUCGUGCUUGAAAGACUUAAACCUGGAGCUCAUCACUCUAUACAAGCUGCAGUCAAGCCUUAUGGCAAAGCUCAGAGUAUGAGCACUACACCGAAAACUGGAAACAACACCUUUGAUCACCUACUGAUCAGCAAAAAUAUUGCCAAAAGAAAAAGUGAGGAAUCUUCAUCUGAAGCAGUCAACAAUCCACGCCGUUCUGCAAAAAGAGAACUGUUCCAGAAAUCUCCCUCGGAUCAAGAGGAAUCAGAAGUAAGCUUCACCCAAAAAUUGAUGACUUUGGAGCACCAACUUUUUGAGAGACAUAAACAAGAAAAAGAGGAUAGGUUGUUGGCGAUACGACUUCAGAAGUCUGUGGAUAAACAAGCAAUGUAUCCAAAUCGGCAAAAAGGAUCCCCAGAUGGGUAUCCUUUCCGAUCUGCAUCCUCAUCUGCAUCCAACUUGGUAAGAGAAGGGAAGUCCAAAAAAAAGUCCAGAAGAUAAACUGACAUAAGGUAUUCAACAGAUUAAAAUGAGCACCCUUCUUUUAAGAUCCAGGUGAAGUGGAUCAAAAAAAGAUACAACAAUGACAAAUUCUACUAGAGGUAAUUAUAAUCUAUCUAAAAGUGCUCAUUUCUUACAGAAAAAUGUUUUUCAAAAGUGUGAGAAAUAUACAAAGUAAUACAUGGGUAAAGGGAGUAUUUUCUGAUGUACUGAAGCUGUAUUAUGAAGCUGUCUGUUCUGUCAGAAUCCUUAAAAAUUUAUGGUUUAAAGCUUUAUAAAAUUGUCAUCUGUUCUGUAAGCAAACGCAGUCUUUAAAGGACCGUGUGAUUACAGAGAAUGUACAAAUAUGUUUCUGUAAAAGGGAGUAAUAAGGAUCCAUAUCAUUUCUGUUAUUAAUAGCUGUUUUAGGUGUAACUUAGUGGCAAGGUGCUUGUCCAGUAUCUGUGAGGUCUUAGGUUCAAUCCAGGGCAAAAACAUAGCAACAGAGUAAAUGCCAGAGCUAUGUUGCUGUCUUUUAAAAAAGCCACUCUGGGGCUGGAGAGAUGGCUCGGUUGGCCCUGGGUUCAAGCCCCAGCAACACACACACAUACACACACACACACACACACACACACACACACACACACACCCCUAUUCUAUUGUAUUGCUAACAGCUGUGAUUAAGUUUGAUUCUUAUGGAUAUAAAAUAUCUUUUACUUUUGUUCUCUAUUCCCAAUUCAUUCACUAAUUGUUACUUGUUAAAAAAAAUUUUUUUUAAGAGCUUGUGAGUGUAAUAGUGCUGGAGCACUUGCCUAGCUCUUAUGAGGUGCCCUGGGUUUCUUCUCCAGCACAACCACCAAUACGAACAAACAAAAAAUAACACAAUAGAAAAAUGAAAAUUUGCUGUGAGAGCAUUAUAUCACAGUAUUUUUUAUGUUGUGAAACUUGAAACACAACUAUGUGUUUAUUUCCUUAUAGUAUCAUUUAUGUUGAUAUUGGACUUUUGUUUAUAGACAGAAAUAGAAAGCAAGAUAUUUGCAUUUUGCCCUGUCUUAUCCUGAAAAUUAAAUCAGAAGGCAGUGUUUUUGUUUUUGAAGUUUAACUUGGAGACUUUUUGAUCUUUUGUUUAAUUAAUUUUAAUUUAUAGCAAACAGCUUUAACAGCAUUUCUGCUGUUGUCCAAGCAUACAUCCUUUUGAUGUAGAAAUAUGAUAAAAUGUCCUCAAAGUAGAUCUAGCUUACAUUUGUGUUUUUAUAUUAUUAAAGUUUUUUCUUUGACUUGGGUAAAUGAAAUUGACAGAUCUACAUUUUUUUGGUGCAUAAUUAUAU